AUGUCAUAUCCUAGUAAAACACAUAGUAUUCGAGGAAUGAGUUUAAUUCGACCGAUCAUACAAAGGCUCUCUAAUGUAUUAAAAUAUUUAACUCAAGAAACGUCUGAAAGUAACAGCUUAGCCACUAGCCUUGAUCACAUGGAGAACGGCAGUCCAGAAGCAAACACAAAGAGUGUCAAACAACCAUUCGAUUAUUACAUAUGCUUUGACGUAGAAGCCACUUGUGAAGAAGGACGAGAUUUCAAUUAUGCGAACGAAAUAAUAGAAUUCCCUGCACUUCUAAUCGAUAGCAAGACUUUUGACAUUGUCGACACUUUUCAUUCUUACGUCAAGCCGAGCGUAAAUCCGAAGUUAUCAGACUUUUGCAUCUCGCUCACAGGAAUAUCACAAGCAGUAGUCGACGAGAGUCCGUCUUUCCCGGAAAUGUUAUCAAGCUUCCAGCAGUUCCUGCAUCGUCAUAAGGCCCUUGGGAUAUUCGAGACUUCAUUCACAAACAAUGCAGAACAUCGCAUAUGCUGCGACCAAGAUACUUUACUUGCCCAUGGCCGUUACGAGUUGACAUUCGAAGGACGCCAACAUUCCGGAUUGGAUGACGCAAGGAACAUUGCUAUCAUAGCAAAGCGCAUGUGGAUGGAUGGUGCUAUACUUAAAGCAAAUAGCGUGGUGAUAAUGAAGUCUGGAAAAAAGGCGCGCCGAAACGAUAGCUUUCAAUACCACAGGAUAUGA